UAACUGGUGAGGUUCCCGACAAGAUGCUGCUUGCGUUUGCCAGUCAGAUCAAAGCAGAGCAGUUCUUUGAGAUUGGCAAGAAGUUGGAAUUCAACCGCACGGAGCUAGAACACAUACAACAUCGAACGUUUACAAACAGAAAGGAUGCCAACAUCCAGAUGCUGUCUAGUUGGAAAGCAUCACAAUCUUCGGGACCAGAAGCUAUAGAGGUGAUAAAACGCGUUUGGGAGUCCACCCAAACAGCAUCAAAAUCAGUGAAAUCCGAAGUUGUCGAUGAGGAAAGCUUGCCUGAAAAGAAUCAGACCAUAACCAAACCUAUGAGGAGACUUCUACAAAGCAAAGGAACGGAUGCGGACUAUGUGGAAAUCAUCAGGACUAAAGAUUCAGAUCAAGACAAAGCUGUUGAUGACAUCAACAAAUCUGGAGGAGCGCCAACUUUGGAGGAGCUUUGCAGUGUCGCUGGGGCAGUGAAGAAUUUGCCAUUAGCCUGGGAAUUAGGAAAAGCUCUCUGCUUGGAGGAUGACGUUAUUGCUGCACUCAUUGAGCCACCUGAUUUGACAACACUGACCAAGGUUGCACGUCAGCUUGUUGAUGAUACAUGGAUUGGUUUAGAUAGGAAGGAAAGGAGAAAGAAAAUGGCUGAGCUUCUCCUGGAAUACAAUAUUCAGGACAACCAAACAGAUGACGCUCUCAAAGAACUCGACAAAAGGAUGUGCUCCAUAUCAGACUUGCUUCAGCUUGCCCCACGCCUGCACGUUGGCGCUUCUGACAUCAUGCGUGCCAUGUGUAAGACCGUCACCCUGCCCGCGUAUGUAGUACAUCCGGUUGUUCUGCACAUGCUCAGAGAAUGGCUAAGGAGAGGAGGAACCCGAGGGAGACUCGUGGAGAUUGUCCAAGCUUUCCGUUUCAACGAUGCGGUAGAAAGCAUAGCUGCAACCAUCAAAGCUGAUCAAGGCUUUGUAGAGUUCAUCUCGAUCAGCACCCUGGAUCACAAAGGAGGAGUAGUGGAGCUGCGUGAACUCGAUAUCCAGGUUUCAAUCCCUGCCGGGGCGUUACGUAGGGGAAUGAGGUCUGUGGUUACCAUCAGGAUACCUAGAGAGGGCGCUGCUCGGAUUCCUCUCAGGGACGGUGAUGUGUUGAUCACUCCGGUCGUGGAGUGUUCUCUAACUCAGGAACUACUCGAACCUGCUACGGUAGUGCUUCCACAUUGCAUAGGUCCUAAACAAUGCAGGGAUGGCUCAGGGAUGAUUCUGUUCACCAAAACAGGACUAGGAACGUUCAGUCGCAGGCGGUUGCUUCCUAAUUCAUCAAGAGGUUUCCACAUCACCAAAGACAAGGUUGAUUUCACUACAAACCAGCUUCAGCUCUUUGCCUUGUCUUCCACCAACGUCCAAGGAGUUCAGUUCAGAUGUGUAACCUUCCAGCCUCUCUUCAUGCCCUCUUCCCGGAAAGUCACACUACGUGUUUACGUCACUCACCCCUAUAGGAGACCUAUAAAGGAUAUUGAGAGAGCGGAAAAAGAGUUGUCAGAACCUUUCUGCCCCGUGACGAAUGCAACCAAGUUUUCAGUAGAAUCAACGACACUGGAUCUAACGAUUUGCUUCAGUGAUGGUUUAAUAGAGAAGCCAAAAACAAUCUCGAUUGGCAAGCUUUUGGCGGAGGAAAGCAGUGUCCUGAGCAUCGAGCUCGAGUUCUUACCAUUUGAGGAUGGAAAGAAGACUUUUAAUCUCUCAAUCCAACAGGGGACGUCAACACUCGUAGAACAGAGCCUCACUACAUCAAUAGAAGCGGAACCAGAUUAUGGUGUUAACCUCACUGACGCGCAAGGACAGCAACACUAUGCUUCAGACAAGCUGCUUGAGACCUUGACAAACGUCCUGUUCACACCUAAGGACGUCCAGAGUCUGGGCUACCAGCUCGGCUUCGCGCAUUCAGCCGUAGAGAAGUACCUGAACAGACCAGAUUUGACCCUUAGUAGUGUCCCAAGGUCAGGCUUCGACGAAAUGCUCCGUGACUGGAGACGUAGGGUUAGGCCGGGGGACCAGGUGGACAGACUACACACUGCCAUGAAGGAUGCCGGGUUAGGAUAUGCAGCCGACGUUUUACCGCAUGGACAUGAAUCAUCCAUGACGUUUGCACAACUCAGAAGAGUGAUACAGGAAAAGAUUGGACAUACCUGAAGCCACACAACGCUGCCUAUCGACCAGUUGCAUUUUCCCUCACAGUGAACUAUUGAUUCCCAAGAAUUGCCAUUUUGUUGCUGUAUUCAUGCUUCCACGAUGAAUUAGCCGUCCAUCCGUAACUCCCGUUCUCGUGAUCGUGUUAUCUCAAGAACCGAUUG